CAAAACACUAGGAGGAUGAAAGACUAAAAAAUCAACCGAUUUUAAGAACAGUUUUUGCAAAUUCUUGCAUGUCCGAUUGUUGUAAUUCCAUUUAUCUUGUACUCUCAAUACGUACCAGUACAGUUCAAAGAUUUUAUUUUCCCUCUGACAUCGGAAUAUAUUGGAUGUUAACGCAGUGUUUGUAGGAAUACAUCAUGGCAGGGGUUGUUACACGUCGUCAAGCUGAAACAUCUACUUCACUGAUUUCUCCAGUUCCACGAAAACGAACUCGAUUUAAAAGCCCAAGUUCAACAAAUGCACAUUCAUACAAAAUGCAGCUUUUCCAUAUCACUUUUGAAUUCGGCCCAUCUGAGCUUAACCUUUUCAAACUAAUUUCCGAGGAAUUAUACUAUGUUUGGAAAGAAACAUAUGAAACGGUGAAAGAAGUCCAAGAACCGAUUGAAGGAUUAUUCCUAAUCACUGAAGAUGGCGAAAACGUUAAGGACCUGUGUUUGAAAUUAUUCAAAUUUUCUCCAGAAACAACAGACGUCCAAAUAUGCGAAAAAGUAGGGAUCACAAGAAAUGCUGUGGUUAUUUGUCAUCUAGGAAAAUCGUUUUGGAAGGAAGAGAUUCCGUUAGAUGCCCUACAAUCAUUGAUUAAAGAUGUCGAGAAAUCAAUGCUGUUCUUCCUCGUUGAAUCAGAAGUCGACAUUGAACGGAAAAUCAAGCUGGUCAAAAGAGAGUCCUUCAGCUUUGCGUCACAUGUGCUUGACGCCAACAGUGAAAAGAGCAUCAUAUAUGAAAAAUGUUAUGCAGGUCUCGAGAAAGACCUUGCAGAUUGCAUCUGUGCCUUAAAGAUGAAGACAAAUACAAGACAAUUAAGUGGCUUCCUUAGGCAGAUUGAAAAAUUGCAAGAAAGGUUACUUACCCGGAAGUCACGUGACUCCUCAAAUCUUACAAAGGAAUGUAUCAGAAACAUAAAAGAUGCAAAGAAACAUGGGGUAGUUGGAUACAGAUUAUGUGGUAAAACCUUGCUCAUCUUUGAACGCCAACAGCCAUUAAACGACCAAAGCAGGAGAUCAAUAACGAGCCAUUUCCAAGGUGAUGUCAAAUUUCUACAACUGAAACGGGCCUUCACUCCCCAAUGCGCGAUAAGAUGUGGCGGUGAAAUCAUAAAUAAAAGAAUAGAAAAACGGGGCAGCUUGGGCAUGUUUGGACAAAUUACAAACUCCAUGAAUCAGGACGACUCAUUUUCUUCCAUUAUUGCAAUAGCAUCUGGUCAUCUUUACAAUGAAGGGGAUUUAGCAGAAGUUCAACAACAUGGGGAAGAUAAAUCGAUCGGCCUCUGCAUUUGGCCAAAUGGGGAUACGCUGGGAAAUGGAAGAUUACAUGACAUUUCUGUCAUAAAGAUAUAUAAGUCUGUAUUGCCAUUGCUAUCAAAAACCGUUGAAGAACUAAAUGAAAAUGUGUACGUCUACGGACAACCACUUUCUACCCUCGCCGACAGGCUAGUAUUCAAGUUCGGUGCCGCCACUGCUAAAACAAAAGGGUACGUCAAAAAAGUCAGUGACUUCGAAGUAUUUGACGGGGAUGUUAUGGUGAUCUCGCCACGUAUUGGUUUCGAAAAGUUCUCCAACAAGGGAGAUAGUGGAUCCGUAGUGUUGACAAGAAUUGAAAACCGUCUGUAUGCCGUUGGUAUCGUUUUUGGUGGUGAUUUAGAUCUUUCUAUUGCAGAAUGUCUUAGUGCGAAAAAAGAGACAAUUGCAGCAAGUCUGAAAAAUGCACUCAAUCGUUUCACUAGAUCAACCAAAAGAUCAAUAACUUUUGAUAAAAUUUGACACAGUUUACACGUCGUCGGUAAAAUUCAAGUUAAAUCUGCAUAAAUGGUCGCAAUUAAGAAACAUAAAAAGACAUACAGUUAUUUACUAAAGAAUUAUUUGAGCUCUACUUCAUUUGUUUUGCUUCCUUUAUAUUUUACUGUAUACUUUUUUAUAAUGUUAUAAUUUGUUUAACAAUGUCUUAUAAAACAUGUAUUUUUAAGAAGAAAAUGGUGUCUAUACAAUACUUAAUAAAGUCUAUCUUAUUUUCUCAGUAUAAAAUUGUUCAAUGAUAAUUUAUUUGACAUAGGCUGAUCUACAAUAAACUUGAUUGGCA